AUGUCAUCGGAAAGAUUCGAAAAUUGUUGCGAGGAUUUAGCGUUCCUCUUUAAGGAAGUGGAUAAAACCAUCAAUAUUACCAUACCGAAAGAAUCUGGAGAACAGAGAAAAAAUACUAUUAGAAAGACUCAGAAAAAGCUAGAUGAAGUCAAAUAUUUGUUAAAUGAUUUGGAUGCUGAGCUACAACAAGCUCCGGCAAGCUAUCGCAAUCAAAUGUCAUCCAAAGCAAGAUCUCUACGUCGUGAAUACGAGCAAUACAAAUAUAAGUUGAACGACGUUACGACUAGUAACAGUUCCAUGGCUGCCGGACGCGAACAAUUAUUUGGUAACAGUGGUGACACUGCUAUCGAAAGAGCUGAACUUGACUACAGAGCCAAGUUAAUUCAAGGAAAUGAGACGCUUAAUCGAGCUAGUGAAAGCGUUGCUAGAUCACAACGUGUUGCCGCGGAAACAGACCUGGGAGACCAGCGGGAAUCACUUGUUCGAACUAGAGAUACCUUGACCGGCACAAAUCAGGAACUCGGCAAAAGUCGAAGACUAAUAUCAACCAUUGGUAGAAGAUUUUUACAAUACACUACAGGGUCGUUACAAACAAAUUGUUGCUGGGAUUCAUUAUCAUAUUGGAAGUGGGUAUCCUAG